AUGAGCAUAUCUCUGGCCAAAGCUGCAUUCUUAGGUUUGUUUUUUGAGACCUUAUUGUACGGCGUGUUCUUCACUUUGUACUGGUUAACGCUGUUCGUCCUCUUCAAGAAAACUGGCAUUCAACGGCGACUUCUUAUCCCAGUGGCAACCUUGCUGCUCUGCAUCGCAACGGCCAUGAGUCAUCUAAUCAUAGAUUUUAUUCAAGGGUUAGAGGCAUUCAUAUUCCAGGUGGAUACGAUUGGUGCCGAUGCCUAUUAUUCCGACAUGGCUUCACUGCUGAAUCUCGUAUUGAUAUCACUUUAUGUCACGCAAACCAUUCUUGCUGAUGGUGUACUUAUUUGGCGAGUUUACGCGUUCAACAACGGAAGCCUCUUCAUUGCCAUUCCUGGUUGUAUCGUUCUGUCGGCCACUGCGGCCAUUGGGUACUAUCUUAUUUGGCCCUUCUCUCGGACCAGUCUGAUGUUCAAUAUCCCUGCUGCUACUUCUGGGUGUAUCGCCACUUUCUAUACAUUGACCAUGUUUACCAGCGCCACCUGUACCACUUUGAUUGCCUGGCGCAUCUAUCGCAAUCGCCGUUUCAUGCCAGGAGGGCUUGGCAUUUUUUUACCCGUCUUCAUCGUCAUCAUUGAGAGCGGCCCUUUAUAUACUACGUGUGUCCUUGCACUCCUUGCAGCAUUCUUGAUCAAAUCCAAUGGCGAAUAUGUUGUGUUGGGCGUUAUCGCUCCUACUGUGGGGAUCAUAUUCUGCCUCAUUAUCCUGCAAGUGCAUUUCAACGUAGGCGGCAGGCCCCCCACCGAGCAACCUGCGCAAACGAGGAGCAUUUGA